AUGCACGAAGUAGUAACGCUGCAAUUUGGGCAGCGUGCGAACUACCUCGCCACCCAUUACUGGAACAUACAAGAAUCCUACUUCACAUAUCCCGGCCAGCCAGACUCUCCAGUCGACCACGACAUUUCCUUCCGCCCUGGCAUAGGCGCAGACGGCAGCGACACCUACACGCCCCGGACCUUAAUUUACGACCUCAAAGGCGGCUUUGGAACCCUCCGGCGCGAGAACGCCCUCUACGAACUCCAACAACAGGACGACGCAACGCACCAGGGCCAAUGGGGCGGGCGGACGGCUUCUCUGCAACUCCCGCCAAUCGCUCCGAGUCCGUACCAACAGGCGCUGGACCAAGGGACGCAGCCGCCGCAACUGAGUACGGAUACUGUACGUUUCUGGUCGGAUUAUAACCAUAUUUUCUACCAUCCGAGGAGUAUUGUGCAGGUGAAUGAGUAUGAGCUUAAUAGUUCGCUUAUGCCGUUUGAGCGGUGGGAGACCGGGCAGGAGCUUUUUCGGGAUCUGGACCGGGAGCAUGAUCUGCUUGAUCGGGAUCUCAGGCCGCUGUUGGAGGAGUGCGAUCAGCUUCAGGGGCUGCAGAUUUUGAGCAGUACGGAUGAUGCGUGGGGCGGGUUUACUUCGAGGUAUCUGGAGCGCAUCUCCGACGAGCUGGGAAAAGGCUGUCGUUGGGUGUUCGGGCUGAAAGAAGGUAAUGAGAGGCGGAGGGAGAGGCAGAUGCUGCAGAUGGCGAAUUUUGCGCAGUCGUUGUAUGCGCUUGAUUCACAUGCGAGUGUGCACGUUCCUUUAUCUAUGCAGGCGGCCGGACUCCCGUCCUAUGUGUCGGCCGACGCAUCGAGUCUAUGGCAUACCUCUGCUUUGGAGGCAGCGUUGAUGGAGAGUGUCACGUUGCCAACGAGGCUACGAGGUGAUGAAGCCGCACGGGCGAGCUUCGAUACAUUGGAGACGACGUUGAACAACGAUGGUAAUCGACGAAUCGCCACAGCUGGCUUCUCAGUCAAAGACCCAGAGUCUCUCCAACCAACCGCCAACGGCACAGCACCUCAAGACAGCCGCAUGACAAACGGCGUCACACACGAAGACGAAGAAGACGAAAUCUCAACCACAGACAUCAACCUUUUCCCAACUACAUCACCCGCAUCCCGACGCCUCGGCAGCCGUCCACAUACCUUCAGCCAGGUCGAAUCCCUCCGUGGCUCAUGGAAGGGCCAGGACGAAAUCGAAGACUCAAACGCCGCAUCCCGCGAUCGCUUCGCAGAAGGUCCACGUGUGAGCAUCCAUCAAUCUCAGCUGCUGUUCCCGAUCCUGUCUUCGUAUCCGGAAGUGCUUCGUUUCCAAGGGCAUCCGAAGAGUCUUGCUGUGAAAGCUCAGCUGUCAACUUCGACGAAAGUGGCGAAUGGUGUCCGGGAUGUCGAACGCUCAGCCAGGAGUCUGAUUGGGAUCGAUGAGCGAGAGGCGAUUUGUGACGGUUUAUCCAGUAUCGCCGAAGAGUGUGAGGAGGGCUGGGAUCCGAGUGAUGAUGAUGACGACAAUGACUGA